AUGGCAGAGGAAGAGGACACGAAAGAAGAUGAGUUCUUGGCGAAGAUAACUGAUGCUGAAACCCCAUUAUAUCCAAGCUGUGCAAACCAUAGCAAGCUAUCUGCAAUCGUCUCACUAUUUAAACUGAAGACUACGAAUGGGUGGUCAGACAAGAGCUUCAACGAUCUACUGGAGACAUUGCCCGAGAUGUUACCAGUGGAUAACAUUCUUCAUUCAUCAUUGUACGAAGUGAAGAAAUUCCUGAAGUCUUUUGAUAUGGGUUAUGAGAAGAUUCACGCGUGUGUCAAUGACUGUUGUCUAUUCAGAAAGAGGUUGAAGAAGCUCGACAAUUGUCCUAAAUGCAAGGCUUCAAGGUGGAAGAUUAAUCUGCAUACUGGUGAGGUCAAGAAAGGUGUCCCACAUAAGGUAUUAAGAUACUUUCCAAUAAUCCCAAGGCUGAAGAGGAUGUUCAGGUCUCAAGAAAUGGCAACAAACUUAAGGUGGCAUGCUAGUAACAAGAGCAGCGACGGGAAACUCAGACACCCCGUAGAUUCUGUGACAUGGAAACAAAUGGACGCCAAAUAUCCCAAAUUUGCUGCUGAAGAAAGAAACAUACGGCUGGGGCUCUCCACGGAUGGGUUUAAUCCUUUCAGCAUGCAGAACAUCAAGUACAGUUGUUGGCCAGUGCUGCUAGUGAACUACAAUUUGCCUCCUAAUCUAUGUAUGAAGAAGGAGAAUAUCAUGCUAACCUUGCUCAUUCCUGGUCCACAACAGCCGGGUAACAGUAUUGACGUCUACUUAGAGUCAUUAAUAGAGGAUUUGAACCAGUUGUGGAGCAAAGGAGAGUCUGCAUAUGAUGUGUUGAGUAAUUCCGUGUUUACUCUCAAAGCAAUGCUGCUAUGGACUAUUAGCGAUUUCCCUGCCUACGGAAAUCUUGCUGGAUGCAAAGUGAAGGGUAAAAUGGGUUGUCCUGUAUGCGGAAAACACACUGAUAGUGUGUGGAUGAAGUUCUGCAGGAAGCAUGUUUAUAUGUCCCAUAGAAAGGGUCUCCCACCAACGCAUAGGUAUCGUUCAAAGAAGUCUUGGUUUGAUGGACACACAGAACAUGGGAAUAAGUGUAGAAUACUAUCUGGUCAAGACAUUUCCAGUAACCUGAAGAACUUUGUCAACAAUUUUGGGAAUGUUAAAGAAUCUGGAGCGAAGAGAAAGAGGACAUUCAGUGUUGAAGAAGACUGUGACAUGGGAGACGAUUCUAGUGAAUCCGAGGCAGAGGAAGAAGAUGAAGUUGAUGAGGAAGAGUUGUCAAGAUGGAAGAAAAGGUUGAUAUUCUUUCAACUUCCUUAUUGGGAGGGAUAUUUUUCCAACUGCCUUAUUGGGAGGAACUCCCUGUGA